CGCGCAGUCGAGUCUUCUACUAGCCAGGCUAAAGACACGCCACUCGACGACUAUAGCUAUUGCUGCUGCUCCACUUUUUCGAGGGGGAUUGCUCCGCAGCUGACGCAGUUUGUUUGGGGAGACUGAGGAGCUCAGCUGUGAUUGGAUUUGUAUAGCUGUUUAUCACAGACGGUUCCCGCAAAAAAAUGGUGUUACGAUUAAAUACUUGAAAUUACACGGUGAUUAAUCAAAGCAGCCGAUGUCAGAGAAAGACGCACUAUGGACGGUAGUGAAAAAUUUGACAGUCCAAAUCCGAGGCUCAAAGCUAGCAUAGCAAAUACCUUGCAUUAUUUGUAAUAAGGCAACGGAAUAUUAUAAAAGUAACUUUUAGCUUACGCCAGCAAGUUGAUACACGUGCUUCGCCAGAAAGUCGCGGUCAGAACUGACGGCAGAGCGUUACUGAUGAACGAGAUAGUCUAUGGGAUAAGGGUGAUCAAGAUGUACACCUGGGAGCCAGUUUUCCAGAAGCUGGUCCUCACCGCGAGAAUGUAAACGGUUUGCACUGACGAACUGUAAAUUGAAGUAUGCAUUGGUGGUAGUUGGAUCCAUACUAAUCUUGAUGAACUAAUCUUUAUUUGUCAAAACGAACGAGCUUAAACAGAUAGUGACAUCAAACUACUUGAAAUGUGCCACUUGGGCCACGUCUUCCUACGCUGAGCGCACGGCAUUUUUCUUCUAUGUUUUGGUCUAACAUGACAAAAGUUGAAGGUGGGCUGUAUGUCGAUGGCAUCGACACUAACAGGAUUGGUCUGAAAGACUUGCGCAGCAAGCUGUCGAUUAUCCCUCAAGAACCGAUGCUGUUUUCGGCAUCGCUUCGAGACAACCUAGAUCCUUUCCACGAGUUUACCGAUGAUGUUCUAUGGUCAGCUUUACAAGACGUUGAACUGAACAAAGCUUUUGUUUCUCUCGAUCAAUCGGUUGAUCAGAGUGGCAGCAAUCUCAGCGCUGGUCAGCGACAACUGCUGUGUUUAGCAAGGGCGAUUGUAAAGAGGAAUAAGGUUCUCGUUUUGGACGAGGCUACUGCCAACGUGAAUCCAGCCACGGAUGCUUUGAUACAGAAAACUAUUAGAAUCAAUUUCAAGGACUGUACUGUAUUGACGAUAGCGCACAGAUUAAAUACAAUUAUGGACAGCGAUAGAGUUUUAGUGAUGAAUUUUGGAGAAACAGUGGAGUUCGAUCACCCGCACAUUUUACUUCAAAAGAACAAUGGAUAUUUUACUAAGAUGGUGCAACAAACUGGUAACAACAUGGCCGAGCACCUGCGUAAAAUCCCAGAGGAAGCUUACAAUAAUGAGAAACCAUUACCUACGACUGAUAAUCGAACAGUUAAAAAUGGAGUCAACAAAAAAGUUGAUUAAUUCUUAUUAACCUGAGCCCUAGGAUUUUUAGUAUAUUUAUAUUGUACAUAUUCAUUGAUACAAUAUUUUCGAAAAUCUAUUUUUUAGCAAUUGUGAUAUAGCAGUGUAAAUAAUGUACUUCAUAACAGAAUAAAGAAUAUUUUUUAUUUUGAAUAACUC